AUGGCGUUUUUGUAUCAGGUGCUUAAAGAUGUCAGCGAGAAACAGCCUUACAGUGUGGGUAAAGAGGAACUAAAAAAACUUGUUAGUGACCUUAAAACUAAAUUAUCCACCGGGCGUAAGGGUUUUGAGGUCAUUGCGCAGGUGGCGGAGAGGGUGGGGGGGUAUAAUGGUUUAGUAAAGCAAAGUAAUGAAGCCGUAAGAGAUAAGAUAACAAAUUUAGAUGAACAAAUGGAACAAGUUAAAAAAGAUGUUAAAGAAACAUAUCCUACAAAAGAUGAAAAAGAUGCUGAACCUGUUGCAGACAAAAUCAAUGCCUCCCAGAGCAAAGUAACUGAGAUCGUAAAAAAAUGUCAACAACUUGCCAAAACUUUUAAAGCAGACAUACUUACCUUAAAAGAUAAAAUUAAAGAUUUAGGUCAUGAAGCAAACGAACAAAUUAAUAAAGCCAGAGACAAUGUGGAGCGUGAAGGUCAGCGUCUUGGCAGGGUGCAGAAGAAUGAGAAAGAACAGUACGAGGAGAUGGAGAAGAAAAUUACAAGUGUUCUGUUAGUCGUAAAAGAUAAGUUGAAUCAGGAAAUUAGGAGCCAGGUGAAUGGACUUAUUAGUCUACUAAAUGAGAAGGUCAAAAACAUUUUGAAGGAGUGUAGGCAUAUUUGUCGUACGCUUGAAAAUUAUCUUCUGGAUCUGGAUAAGUGGAUGGAGACGGCCAAAGCAUAUAUUGAUGAUGUAAUGGAAAAACAGGUGGGAGCAAUAAAAAAAGAAAUUGAUGGCGAGUCGGCAAAUAAAAACAAGAAUAAACUGGACGAGUCUAUUGAGACGCUCGGCAGUCAACUUGGUGAUAAGGCGCAGCAGUUGGCAGCCUGGAAUUCGGCGGCCGGGAGCGUUGUAACGCAAGCGAAGCAGAAGUGUACGCAGAUUGGUGGGAUGGUUGAGACUACAAGAUCAGACGAUAAGAGUAAAAUUUAUGGGUUAGCAAGCGACAUGAAAGAUAAGGCUGAUAAGCUGAGGCAGGCGGCGAAACACAUUAAGCAGAACAUUGGUGAUCGGGUGCAGGGAGCGCUUCAGCAGGUGAAAUCCAUGGACGAGGCGCUGAAGAAGGAUUUGUAUAAGGUGAAGCAGGCGGUGGAGGGGCAGAUGACGGGGAUUAAGGAGGCG